UAACAAGGGCGAGCUUUUCAUUUUAAAUCACAGUAGGCACCCUUGCAUACUGUCAAAUUAUUGUAUCCCUAUCUUGACGUGUACGUACAUUCCAAAAUUCUUAGUGUACUGAGCAUUAAAAUUGUUUAAAAAUAAAUCAUGAAUUCACCCCAAGAUCCAAAUUUUUCAAAUAAUAACAGUGAACAAAAUAUCGAAAUAACAGAGCCCGAAAUCCAAAAGUCUGUUGUCGAAAAUGAGUCAGUAGAUUACAUAGACGAAUCCGUCGUUGAUCUCCCUGAAGGUGUGCGAUAUUUUAAACCGGUGACAUCGCAAGAAUCGGUUCGAGCUCCACCGUCCACAACAUCGGUUCGGGCUCCGCCGUCCACAACAUCGGUCCGGGCUCCGCCGUCCACAACAUCGGUCCGGGCUCCGCCGUCCACAACGUCCAUUCUUAAACGAUCCGAAAGCAGAUGCUCGACAGCUUCUAUACGUUCGUGCCGUUGGGAUGCCUUGGCACGUCCGAAAAGCCACUUCUUGCAGGGAACACUCGAGCAAUUUGAGAACGUGCUCAAAGACAAACACAAAGAAACAUUGAAGAAACAGUUGCACGACCAGAAGGUGCUCAGAGAGGCAACGGAGUGCGAACACCUACGAUGCUGCACCCGACCACCGACACCUCAUCCACCGAGUGGCCGCCGUCCACCAAUCGAUGCGGGAAAACGGGAACAAACAAUGGACAAAUUUAACGCGCAGCUAAAACGAGAUGCCUUUGACCGGUUGAUGGAUAAAAUUUUUAAUAAACUGCCCCAUCUCGUGUUAGAAGCAGACAUUACCAACCUGUCGAGGCUGCCUGCCACCACGCAACUAAUGGUUAAUGUGAUAUUCUCCAGCCUCACCAACUUCGCUGGGAAACCAAUCACUAUUCACGAUCACGAGCUGUAUCUCCACAUGUGCGUUGGUUUGGCACGGUUCAUCGAAAGCAUGAUUGAGUCAGUCCGAAGAAAAGUGUUUUCCAGUGAAAGCCUCGCCAGUGAACGACAACAGCACGGAUGCUGUAGCUUAACUACGGCCAUUCUGGAGCACCUAAAAGAACAGCUAAGCGAUAUCCAAUGCUCGAGAGAAAUUUUAAAACCGAUUUAAACAGAAAAGCAGUGACUGAAGAAAGAUGUAUUCAAUAAGAUGCUCUAUUCAAUAAAAUAAAACAUAUAUACAAUUACCUACCAUGU